AUGCCCCCCACCAACACGGCAGCGCAUCUUCUGCGUUGCGGCAUUGGCGACGGCGAUACUGCGCUACUCCUCGGCGGGAUGUCCCCCGAAUAUCAAGCAAGCCUUGUGGAAGGCAUCGGUAGCACGGUUGAACUCUACGUCGCUGAGGCCACGGCAGCAUCCACCGCUGCCCACGCGACGCUAGAAGAACAAGAUUCCCUCGGAUUGGCCCAAUACGAGAAUGCGCGCCUCGCGCAGGCCUUGAAAUCGUCAGACCACUUAUCGGCUUCUUGUCUGAAGCCGAUCAAGUUCGAAGUCGUCAAGUUUGGUGCUCAGAGCAUCUCUGACCAAGCCACGCGCAUGGCGUUUGCGAUGUCGCACCUGAAAUGGCGCGCGGAAGAUUGGGCGUUCUCCAAACGCUUUGCGAACCCCCUGUGCUUUCCGUCCUUCGCAACUUUCGAAGCCGAAAUCAAGGCGAUGUUCUUGCCCCCCAACAGCGAUUUCCGCUAUCCCUCGCAAUAUCUGGCGUGCAAGCAAGGGAAACGUUCCCUCUAA